AUGAUAUUUGGAUAUUUAACUUAUCGUAAUAUUCAUCAAACAACAGUUCUUGCUGAACAACAAGCUGAUCGACAAGUGGUAAAAAUGGUUCUUCUACAAAUUAUACUAAUUAUCAUUUCUAAUACUUCUCUUGGUGGACUCAAUACAUAUGGAUUGAUUACAACUGGAGUUAUUAAAAGUCAAGAACAACAAUUACAAGAAUAUUGUGCCUUAUUACUCAUCAAUCUUAUAGUAUCGAUAUAUUAUGCAGCAAGUUUCUAUACAUUUUUUAUUUCAUCAAGUCGUUUUCGUCAAACUGUAAAAGAGCGAUUAUUUCGUUGGCGACCUUCAAAUCAAGUUCAGCCAUCUCGAACUUGA